UAUAUAUAAAAUAAAACAUGCUUUUGGCGCUAAUUAACAGUUCCCUCCCAUUUCUCUGCAGCAUAGGGAGCGAGAGAGAGAGGAGACAAUGAAGUUCAAGGCGUUUCUGACGGACAACGGCGUCAGCCUCCUCGAGAAGCGGUUCCUCCCAGCCCUAGACAAGCUGGGGAAGCUCUGCCACCUCUACCUCACCCGCGACCACUUCUUCUUCCUCCACAACCUCCUUAACGGCGACGGUGUCCAGUCCAUCGCUCAGUUCAGGACCCCCGCCCUCUUCGACGACUACCGCAUCUCCAGCCAGAACGACGACCGCAUCGCCUUCUCCGUCGACGUUUCCCUCCUCCUCCGUGCCGUGCGUAGCAGCGCCGCCGUCCGUACCGACGACGGGUCCGCAGCAUCCUCCGAUCAGGAUCACUGCCUCCAGAUCAAGCUCGUGAAAAAGCUCCCAGCGAACAGCACUCAGCCCCUGCCGUUCCUCACGUUCGAGACCAAAGGCCACAGGUCCGCGGUGAUUCAGGAUGUCCCGAUCUCGAAGCCUCUGUCAAGAGCCCUGGUCCUCGAACUCCAGACUGCUCUCGAUGCGGCUCAGUCUCUUCCCAUGACUCUCGUUCAGGUGCCCGAUAUGAAUCAGCUGCAGGGCUUCAUGGACCGAAUGAGGCACGUUGGGGACUCGCUCAAUGUCUCUAUCAGCAAGUGCGGAGACCUCCAUCUCCAAAUCUCAACUACCUUGAUCACACUCGGAGCUGAGUUUCAGAAAUUACUAGUUAUUGGAGAUCGAGCAGAGGCUCCAGCCAGUGACCGGAAUCUGAGUGCUCAGUCUUGGUUCGAGAGGGCGAUUACGAGAGGGGAUGCUCAGUCCGUGCAAGUGAGCGUGAAGCACUUUGCAAAGAGCCUCCACUGUCACUUGGCAAAACCAGAUUGUGCCUUCUACGGGAUCGGCGAGCAAGGCUCUUGCUUGACAGUGAUAUUCCAGUUCUUCAUCCCGGGUUCCCGACAAACAGAUAAGUCGAUCAGCUUCCAUUGUAGGCUUCCUGUUCUCGACACGGGAUCAAACUGAAGAGUUUAAUUUGAUCAUGCCCUGAAUUUUCAUUUCUGGGGACGCCGCUCUCAUUAUAAAGUGGAAUUUAUUUUCCUUUCGGUA